CCUGUAGCCAAGGCAACAGAGUAGCAGUCCAUUCACACCUGCUUGGGGCAGGGAGCUGUCCCGGGUGCAGACGCCUGGGCAGAGUGGGCGCCCCCAGAUUCGGCCCAGAAACAUCCGCUGACGCCAGCACAGAGGGGGAGGAUGACAGGCUCGGGAGCCCCCGGGAGGUCCCUUUGAGGGCCCCUGCCUGCUGCUGCCUGCGAAAGGGAGGCCAGGCAGGGGUGCGUCCUGUUUGCACUUGGGCACUGAGCACAGCCAGGCUGAGCCGCACUGUUCAAACAGACUGGGCGGGGCCUGGGCGCAGCCUGGGGGCACCAGGCACAGCCCCCGCCUCUCCCGGCAGCCGGCCCAUGGCCCAGCCCUGUCGCCAUCGUGCCAUGCCCCAUGCCAGGCUCUCCAGCUGCUGGGGCAGCCGGGUGCUGCUCCUGCUGCUGAUCUACGUCUGCUACCUGCUGCUCGGGGCCACCAUCUUCCAGCUGCUGGAGAAGCCGGCAGAGGCCGAAUCCAGGGACCAGUUUCAGAUGGAGAAGCUGCGCUUCCUGGAGAACUACACGUGCCUGGACCGGUGGGCCCUGGAGCAGUUUGUACAGGUCAUCUUGGAAGCCUGGGUGAAAGGUGUGAACCCCAAAGGCAACUCCACCAACCCCAGCAACUGGGACUUCGGCAGCAGCUUCUUCUUCUCGAGCACGGUCAUCACCACCAUAGGUUACGGGAACCUGGCGCCCAGCACCGAGGCAGGCCAGGUCUUCUGUGUCUUCUUCGCCAUGGUGGGCAUCCCGCUCAACGUGGUCUUCCUCAACCACCUGGGCACAGGGCUGCGCGCCCACCUGGCCACCCUGGAGAGGUGGGAGGAGCAGCCCCGAUGCUCCCAGCUCCUGCAGGUCCUGGGCCUGGGCCUGACCCUGACCCUGGGGACCCUGGCCUUCCUCAUCGCCCCGCCCAUGGCCUUCAGCUACGUGGAGGGCUGGCGCCUCAACGAGGGCUUCUACUUCGCCUUCAUCACUCUCAGCACCAUCGGCUUCGGGGACUACGUUGUGGGCAGGGACCCCAGCAAGCGCUACAUCGCGGUGUACCGGAGCCUGGCUGCCCUCUGGAUCCUCCUCGGCCUGGCGUGGCUGGCGCUGCUCCUCUCCCUGGGCCCCUUGCUUCUGCGCAGGUGCUUGCGGCUCUGGCUGCUGCUCAGGGGCUACGGCCUCAAGGAUGGGCCAGCCCCUGACCCGGAAAGGCUCCCCCGGCCUCAGAAGAGCCCCAUCUCUGCAUGA